AUGGAAGACGAACGUACUAGUCGACCAUCAAGUGUUAUAUCUAGUUACGAAGAAACAGUUUCUAUAUCAUCAAAUUUAUGUGAACCAACAUUCAAUUCAUUCUGGUUUAUUUAUUCAUCCAUACUAAAUUCAAUUCGUCCUACAACACCCAUAGUUCGACACAAUUUUAAAAGUAUCGAUGAACUUCUUUCUCCUAUAUCUGUUCCUUUAAAGAAAAACGAUGAUACUGGAUACAAUUCACAAUUAUCUAGUUCAUUACAAAGUCAAGAGAACGAUGAUAGUAAUGAUGAUGAUGAAGAUAAUAUUGAAAAUUUAAAACCAAUAACAUCAUCAACACCAUUUAUUAAAAAGAAUAAUAAAACAAAGAAAAUUCGUACAGCAUUUACAGAUAAUCAAAAACAAUAUCUUGAUCGUUUUUAUUCAUCAAAUCGUUAUCCAGAUCCAACUGAAAUGGAAACAUUAUCACGUUUAUUAUUACUUAAUGAAAAAGUUAUUCGUGUUUGGUUUCAAAAUAAACGAUCACGAGAAAAACAUUAUCCACGAAAUAAUUCAAAUUCAACCAUAGUUAAAAGUAUGUGA